AUGUCUCCUGUGAGGACUUCAUCCGCGUUCCAGUCCCUGCUGCUACUACUGAGCCUGGUGGCUAUAGCAAAAGCAGCAGUAGCAAUCCCACGAAACCCAGGAUGCCCACAGGCUGAUGACAAGAACUUCCUUCAGAAUGUGAAGGUCAACCUGAACAUCCUUAGCCCCACUAAGAAUUCCAGAAGACCCUCUGACUACUACAACCGAUCCACUUCACCCUGGAACCUCCACCGCAAUGAGGACCCUGAGAGAUACCCCCGUGUGAUCUGGGAGGCAAAGUGCCGCCACCUGGGCUGUGUUAACGCUGAAGGGAAGGUGGACCACCACAUGAACUCCGUCCCCAUCCAGCAAGAGAUCCUGGUCCUGCGGAGGGAGCCUCAGCACUGCUCCAACUCCUUCCGGCUGGAGAAGAUGCUGGUGACUGUGGGCUGCACCUGUGUCACCCCCAUCGUCCGCCACGUGGCCUAAGAGUUUUGGGUCAGUCCAAGUCUCCCUGCAGCAGUUAGGUUUUCUGGGGAGACCCUGGUCCUUCAAAGACCCAGCCCCAU